UGCCGGAAGCGGAAGUCAGGCGGCCGUGGGACGCCAGCGGAAGAGGCUCCGUUACCUUGGAGAGCGAAGUCUGUGUGUGCUGGGGCCGGGGCCGCUUCUGUUGCGGAACUCGCCGGCGGGGUCCGGCUAGAGCUGGGUGGACGCAGCCCUUAGCGGAUUGAAACGAUCUAAACAUUGAACGGUACAGCUGCCUCGAAUACUUGGGAAUUUCAGAAUGACUGACACUUCCGAAGCUGUUAAAAAUUUUGAAGAGAUGUUUGCCAGUAGAUUCACAGAAGAUGACAAAGAAUACCAGGCAUAUCUGAAACGCCCCCCUGACACCCCUCCCAUUGUUGAGGAAUGGAGUAGCAGAGGAGGCGGGGGCCAGAGGAAUCGAGGCAAUUGGUUGCAAGAUAACAGACAGUUUAGAGAUAGGGACGGCCGACGAGGGUGGCCGGGUGAUGGUCGGUCGGAUCCGUGGCGCGGCCGGUCCUGGGGUAACAGUUACCCGCAGCAGAGGCAAGAGCCCUACUACCCCCACCAGUACGGACACUGCGGCUACAACCAGCAGCCUCCCUACGGUUACUACUGAUAGAAAUGUCCGCCGCUUUUAAUAAAAACAUCGCCUCAUUACCAUGCCAAGAGCUUGUGUGUCUUCUCCCGGUCGUGGUUGUACAUCCUGUUUCAGGGAACGGAUGAUUGUUUGGAACUUGAGACUUUUAAUAGAUCUUACCAGAGAGAUGUGAUGGUUGCUGAGAAUGAAAACUGCCCCUGCAGACAUGCCGGCUUGCUCUGACAUCUGCCUCAGGGUCUCCUUUGUCUCGUGCCCUGGCACUGCUUCAAGUUUGGUAAAUUUGUUUGACUGCUGGGAGUUCUUACUUUGUUUUACACAGAAAUCAAUUUUAAAGUAGAACAUGCUUGCCUUUACUUUGAAAACAAUGGAGCACCCAUAUCCUUAGAUGUGCUCAUCUCUACAGCUCUGCAGAGGCGGCUGCAGUUAGUUUAUGAGUGCAUAGCUGUGCCUGCUUGAAUAUAAUACCAAUAAUUGAAAGGUAAAGCAAGUGUAUAUGUCUUGACUUUUUUGAUAACUGUGGUGCUGUGUGAUUACUUAUUCUAAGGGUGAGAGUUAGCUUCACAAUUGUCUUGGUCUGUUUUUAGAGGAAAAUAAUAAAGCUACACAGUGUGGAAGGAAUUGUGUUUCAGUGUCCUGAUCUCAUGGUGGAUGGGAUUAGGGCAGCAGCAUUUUCUAUGGAAUUUAAGGCUUUUUCCUAACUAAAAUUUAGCAGGUCAGAUUCACAUGUUAUACAAAAGUUUAACUCUGUAUUCAAACUUUUCGUCUGUAUUCUGACUUAUUUUGGUAUUUAAUGUGGGUUAACUUCAUAAUGUUACAUUCACUUCCAAAUGUGCACCUUGGCUGCAUCCUCUUCUGUGAACACCCUGAAGCUAUCGCUUCCUGUAUGAGGAGCCAUUCUAUCUCACAUGACAUUAAUGGUUAUUACGGUGUCUUUUUUCAAAUAAAAUUUUGAAAGAUGUAA